AUGGUGAUAAAAAUGUGGAGAUUGUGUUUUGUUUUAUAUCUAUUUAUUAAUAGCGGAAGAUGUAUUAGUAAGGAAGCAUUCCGAUUCAACCAUGAUACAAGUUUAUAUGGCCGUCAAGCUGAGAAGCAUCUACCGCCCUGUAGAGACUGCAGUUGUGGUGAACGAAACGAAGAGCUUCGAGUGGUUGGUGGUACCGGAAGCAGCGUGAAUGCCUUCCCCUGGAUAGCUAGAUUGUUAUACCACCAGUCCUUUGGAUGUGGGGCUUCUCUUAUCAAUGAUAGAUAUGUGGUGUCUGCCGCCCAUUGUGUUAAAGGGUUUAUGUGGUUCAUGUUUCGUGUGAAAUUCGGCGAGCACAAUCGAUGUGAGAGCAAGGCGAUGCCGGAAAUGCGUUAUAUUGUGAAGAUAAUCGCUCAUAACUUCACCCUGACCGAGCUUACGAAUGACAUCACAUUACUGCGUCUGAACAAACCUGUUGAUUACUCGUAUGCUAUCCGACCUGUCUGCAUACCGCCUAUGGAGAGUAAAACAAAAACAUAUGCUCGAGAAAUGGCAACAGUAGCUGGAUGGGGUGCGAUGGGUGAAACAGGGAACUGGUCUUGUUCUCUACUGGAAGCACAGUUACCAGUGCUCAGUGAAGAAGAAUGUUGGAGCACCAGUUAUAAUAAAUCAAAGAUUAGAGACGUGAUGCUCUGCGCUGGAUAUCCUGCCACCGCCCAUAAGGACGCCUGUACUGGUGACAGUGGUGGGCCUCUAAUAGCUGAAAACCGUGAACACACAUAUGAUUUAAUUGGUAUUGUAUCCUGGGGUUACGGGUGUGCCAGAAAGGGAUUUCCUGGAAUCUACACAAGAGUGACCAAGUUCUUGGAUUGGAUAAGAGAUAACACUGCCGAUGCUUGUUACUGUGACAAUUGA